UGGUGACCUUGAGAAAAACAAUAUAACGAAUACAUCCACCCUCCUUGCAUUUCCAAUGAAAAGGACAGAUAUGAUACAGGCACAACCUCAACCUAGCAGCGGGCAUGUGUAAAGAUUACGCAAGACCUCUUUAUGGGCUGGGCUAAAUUGGAACCUCUUACGGUUUUUCUUCCCCGAGAUGAAAUUCUGGCAACGUUUUCUCCUCGCAAGAACACUGCUAAUGGCUUCCAGCGCUAUGAAAGAGCAAGCCUGUCCCGGAAGAACCGCAGCAACCAAAGUUUCAGAAAAACAUGUCAAUGGAAAUAGGACAGUCAAAUCAUUCCCUGAGGGACCACAGAUGGUCAUGUUUGGCAUGGGCUGUUUCUGGGGUGCUGAGAGAAAAUUCUGGACUCAGCAAGGUGUCCAUUCCACUCAAGUUGGAUAUGCUGGUGGAUCAUCGCCAAACCCAAGUUAUAAGGAAGUCUGCUCAGGGAUGACUGGCCACGCAGAAGUAGUGCGAGUUGUGUACCAGCCAGACAAAAUCUGCUUUGAAAAAUUGCUCAAGGUCUUCUGGGAGAGCCAUGACCCAACACAAGGUAUGCGGCAAGGAAACGACGUUGGCUCUCAGUACCGGUCAGUCAUUUAUCCGUACACCAAGGAGCAGAUGGCUGCGGCUCUGAAAUCUAAAGAAGUCUUUCAGGAGGAGUUAAAUAAAAAAGGAUAUGCCGAAAUCACAACUGAGAUCCGGGACGGUCAGACUUUCUACUUGGCUGAAGAAUACCACCAGCAGUACCUGAAGAAGAAUCCAGGUGGAUAUUGUGGCCUCCGUGGCACUGGGGUAUCGUGUCCAGUGGGAAUUUAGACCAUAAUAAAAUGGAGCAGAAUUGGGCCAGUCUGCUCCACCAUUUCAUCAUAGCAGAUUCAUUUAUCACUCAACCCCAUUCUCCUGCCUUCGCCCCAUAACGUUUCAUGCCCUGAUUUAUCAAGAAUCUAAUCAACCUUCACCUUAAAUACACCCAAUGACUUGGCCUUCACAACUGCCUAUGGCAAGAAAUUUCAGCUAUUUUGGGGUUCACUGCCCUCUGUUGAAAUAAAUUUCUUAUUAUCUCAGUCUAAGUGGACGCCCCUCCAUUUUGAUGUUGUGCUCUCGUCCAGAACUUCCCCACUACAGGAACCAUCCUCUCCACAUCCACUCUAUCAAAAUUCAAUAGGUUUCAAUGAAAUACCCCCUCAUUCUUCUAAAUUCCAGUGAGUACAAGCCCCAAGCCAUCAAAAUCUCCUCACAUGAUAAGCCUUUAAGUCCCAUAAUCAUUUUCAUGAAACUUCUCUGAACCCUCUCCAAUGUCAGCACAUUCUUUCUUAGAUAAGGGGCCCAAAACUCUCUCAGUACCCAAGUGAGGCCUCACCAGUGCCUUAUAAUACCUCAGCAUUACAUCCUUGUUUUCGUAUUCUAGUCCUGUCUAAAUGAAUGCUAACAUUUCAGUUGUCUUCCUCACCACUGAUUCAAUCUGCAAGUUAACCUUUAGGGAUUCCUGCACGAAGACUCCCAAGUGCCUUUGCACAUUGGAUUUUUGAAUUUAAUCCCCAUUUAGAAAAUAGUCUACAUUUUUAUUUCUUCUACCAAGGUGCAUGACCACACACUUCCCAACACUGUAUUGCAUCAACCACUUCUUUUCCCAUCUUCCUAAUUUGGCUAAGUCCUGUAGCCUCUCUGCAUCCUCAAAACAACCUGCCCCUCCACCUAUCUUCGUAUUGUCCACAAGCCUGGCCACAAAGGCAUCAAUUCCGUCUGCCAAAUCGUUGACAUACAGUGUAAAAAGAGGCAGUCCCAAUACUGGCCACCAUGGAACACCCCUAGUCACCAGCAGCCAGUCAGAAAAGGCUCACUUUUUGCCUUCUGCCAAUCAGCCAAUGCUCAAUCCUUGCUAUCAUCUUUCCUGUAAUACUAUGGAAGCUUAUUUUGCUAAGCAGCUUAUGUACGGCAUCUUGUCAAAGGCCUUCUGAAAAUCCAAGUACACAACAUUCACCCAUUCUCCUUUGUCUCUCCUGCUUGUUAUUUCCUCAGACUUCAUCUUAGAGGCAAGAUGAAGUCCCAAAAUAAACACCAUACUUUACUGCAGAUUACCUAUUUCCUAGAUAUUUGCUUUCAAAAGGGAGGGGAUGUGAAAAUGCUGAUCAAGACAAAUCUGCUGCCGGCUAUACAUUUGUUUCCCAAACUAGCUGAAAUGAUGAACAUGUACCACACUAUGUGGAAAUUUAUAACUAGUAGUUCCUGUUACGUACCCCGUAACUGGGUUGCCAAACCAGCAGAAAUGGAUCACUCAGUUGGAGUCUGGAGUACUAGAACUAAGAAAGUUUUAUUAAAGAAACAAGCAACACAGUAAUCGAAAGGAUAAUAAAUGCAACAGUUCAGUGAUGAUAAACACACAUGUGCACAGCAUUAAGAUAACAGCAUCAAUCAAGCUCUAUCGUUGUCUAGGGGUAAAUGACCAAUUUCAAAAUGACUCAAAGUUCAGUCCAGUUCAGUUCGCAGUAAUCGUUGCCAUGGCGAUGGACAAGGUGGGGGAAGAGAGACAUAGAAUGGGAACAACUGAUCAUUCAGAACGGCUUCACUCACAGACCAGCGGGAUGGCUCGCAAACAGCAUUUGGGUGGGUCCUUGGUGAUGUCACCUGAGGUCACCGACUGUGACCCCUCCUCCAGAUGCGGUCGAUCCUCUGCAGUGAACCCGGCACCCAGGCAAGGGCAGACACACACCGGGUUCCCGCUGAUCGUACCUUUCCACCCUUGUCGUUGUCUGGCAUUUCUCACCCACUCGUGAGAGGCGCACCGCUUCCAGGGUCUUGUUACCUCGGGUGGCGUGUGUGUCUGUCUUAGCGAACCUGUCCCUUUUUAUCCCCCUGCUGGGGCAUCGCCUGUCCAUCACUUCAAACAGUUCAGGGUUCAAAGGGGGGAGCCGCUCCAGACAGCUCUCUCUCCCACAUCCCUUCAUUACACAUCUCCAGACGCUGCUCCAUUGUUCCUUAUCUCUCCUUCCCCUGAGGGCAGGUGGCAGACCAACUGCUGAUGCCACUGAUGCUAGCCCAGGCCAGCAAACAUCUUAAUUUUAUGUGUAUUCUCGUAACACUUCCCCCC